ACUCUUUUCUCGGCGGUCGUGUGGUGCGGUUCUUCUGGUAAGCGUAUCAUCCUGCUCGUGACGAUCCUUCCAAGUGGCGUUGAAAUAAACCUUUCCACUUUUCGUUUCGGGGUACUUAGUACAACACCGGCAGCAAAAUGGCCCUCAGCGACGCAGAUGUCCAGAAACAGAUCAAGCACAUGAUGGCCUUCAUCGAGCAGGAGGCCAACGAGAAGGCGGAGGAAAUCGACGCGAAGGCCGAGGAAGAGUUCAACAUCGAAAAGGGUCGCCUGGUGCAGCAGCAGCGUCUGAAGAUCAUGGAGUACUAUGAAAAGAAAGAGAAGCAGGUGGAGCUGCAAAAGAAGAUCCAGUCAUCGAACAUGCUGAACCAGGCGCGUCUGAAGGUGUUGAAGGUACGCGAGGAUCACGUAUCCAGCGUACUGGACGAGUGUCGUCGUCGUCUCGGCGAAGUCACGAAGGAUCCCAACCACUACGGUCAGAUCUUGACUGCCCUCAUUACUCAGGGACUGCUCCAGCUGAUGGAGGGUAACGUGUUGAUCCGAGGUCGCCAGGUGGACGCACAAAUCAUCCAAAACAUUCUGCCAGCGGCCGUUGAAGCGUACAAAUCCAAAUGCGGACGUGAUGUCGUUGUAACGCUGGACACUGAAAGCUUCCUGCCGGCCGAUACGACCGGUGGUGUCGAUCUUCUCGCACAAUCGGGCCGCAUCAAGGUUUCCAACACUCUCGAGUCGCGGUUGGAGCUGAUUGCUCAGCAGCUGGUACCGGAGAUCCGUAAUGCUUUGUUCGGUCGCAAUCUGAACCGCAAGUUCAACGACUAAUCGGUCAGCUCAGUAUGUGCGGCAACAAAAGGCACCGAUUCCGGAAUCUUCACGUGGGAUCGUGUGUCACAAUAUUCACGUAAAACACAACCAUAUACGUCACCUUUUGCCGAUACAAUUUUCCACUCCCCUUUACGAAUACCAACCAACAGUCCGUUUCCAUUGCAAUAGCCCCACCAUUCCCCCCAAAAGUCCACUAGUUGGGCUCCGUUGUACUGGCUGAAGAAUCGUAACUGCAAGAUUGAAAGCUCUGAGGUUCAGUAAGCCUCCAGAAAAGAUGGACUGGAGAAAGAUGCUUGGUGUGGCUGUAAACCGAACCACUAUCGAACCACCUAUAACAGCUGCCAAGCAGUAGUAUCGAACAUCCUGAUACAGCCCUUCAAAUCUCGGCGUUCGCUUCACCCGGAUCGUCGUAAGCAGAGCAGCAGAUAAGCUAUCUGCUGUUCUGACUACGGCAGUUGAACCAUGUGCAUUAAAUUUCAUGUCGGCUCGAAGAUCACCGACCAAUCCUCUCUUUCUUAUGCUACACCAUCUGCUUACAAAGAUGGAUUGGGUCUGCACCAACAUCGCAGGUGUUCUUCGCUCAUUUUAACCGACAACUUAAGAAGCUAGAGACGAGAAUUUUGAGAGAGCUACUGCUUGCACCGUUUGAGUGGAUUGUGUUUAGAGUAUUCACCACAUCACUUUUCUAUUGUUCAUUUGCUGGGGGAUGAAACUGGCCAAUGGUCUUGUGGCCUCACAAACCCAUAGUGACGUACAUACAUACACAUAAAUAAGGUAUCCUCAUGCAAAGUUUUAUAGGAUCUAAGUUUUAGCCAGGAACGUUAGUUGUGGUACAACGUUCGUUCUAGAGAAGAUUGUUGUUACAUGUUAUAGUUGUUUUUUGCUUUCGUUUUCACUCUUUCAAAUCCCUUUUCGAUUCAAAAGUAGCUGUCCUAGUUUGAAUGAGUUAUUUGUUUCUAUCUCCACGGUUCAGCUUCUCAGUCUGGCCGAGUGAGUUCAAUUGUCGCAUGAAUGAGUUGCACUCUGGCAAGCAGUCUCAGCCUUAGCCCGCAGAUUGGACUGAGAAGGGCGACUGUUGCGUGGAGAUGUAGGUAUGUCCAGAAAGUACUAUACGCUCGUACUGUUGCUCGGACUUGUUCUAAGUAUGUUGCAAAAGAAAAUCCCAGCAAAAUGGCAAAAUAAUGCGUUUCCCAUUCUAGGCUCGAUUAAGUAAACACCACGUACUGUCGGCAGCGCUAAGGGAAAAGAGCCCUGAUGAAUAUGGUUCAUGUUUCAUCCAGCCCAGUGACUCGUUUGCGGUAUGCGCGAACAGGCAGGGUGAUUUCGGAACAAAACGCAAUGCAUGGUUCAUGUUUGGCCAAACAAACCCUUUAAGAAACAUUCCGUAACGUUCAUUCGCACACGUAAUCUCUCCCUGAAGCCGGCUCUAUUCCGUUUCACGACAAUCGGCAACAUCAUCGCCACUUGGAUGCCGCCAAGCCUGUUGCUCCUUUCAUUUGCGUCUCGGUAGACAGAAGAUCUAAAAUAUCGGUAAUAUUGUCGGCUCUCCACACACUCAUUCAUCGCUUUGCAAUGCCACAGCAUCUUGCUUUGUGAGAUCACCAAAAGGGCUCUCCUUUUGCUGAACGCGAAGCAAUGGCAGCCAAGGUGAUGUAUGGAGUGGACUCGUUUUGUAUCGGUGCGUGUGUUAGGAUAACAGAAAAUGUGUGACUUCGACUAACAUCUGGCGUGUUAAGAAUGAAUCGUUUAUAAAAAAACAAGGAUCAAUAUAAAGCGCGGCAGACAAAACCAUGCGUUCUGUUUCCUGGCGUUUUUUUUCACCCUAUGACGCUGCCAAAAUGUCCGGGGUUGAACGCUACUGUUGCAUUUCAAGGCACACCUUCACUUAUGCAUUACUGCAGUGCGUUGGGUAGAGACAAAAAAUAUAUGUAUAUUGGACAGAUGCAAGCGUUAAACCUUAACUAAGAAUAAACAAAUAGAAAUCGAAGGAAAAAUGGUAGAAAAAAAAAAAAAAAGAAAGUAUAUAUAUAUACAAACAUAUAUCUAGAUAUUAAUGUAAAACGAAGAGUAACGAAACACGUUAGUUAAUGCUGCGCGUAAUCACUAGGAGAAACUUGGAACACAAACGAGUAACAUUUAAACGGAACAACAGAACCUAUUAGCGGGUUGCUAGAAGAAAGAUGGUAGGGCAAGGUUCCAAUGCCAUCAGGAAACCUAAAAUCCGGUGACAACGGUCAAAUAUUAUAUUCACAGGCACCAGGAACGUUUCAUCAGACGUUUACCAUCAAACCACGGUAUGGCAGGCGAUGGCCCAAUGUGUGGUCUGGUGAUCCUAACAGGUGAUAGCGUUGAAAUCUACAAGUCGUUGUGCGGACAUCUGAAGAAUAAAUACACCAUGGUAUGGGAUGUACAAUCCA